AUGGCUGAUGCAAAAGCCCUACCGGUGUUUGCAUUCACUGAGGAUCGUGUUCAGGUACAACAACUGCGUACAUAUCUCAAGGAACACGGUGCAUCCAUUGAUGCAGAGGGCCCAGCGAAUUUCAACGAAAAUCUGUUAGGAUUAGUUCGUGGUGUGGGCGUUGUGGGUGACUUGGACAGUGAUAAGGAAGCAGAAAUGAUUUUGAGUUCAAUUUGUUCGCUUUUUGUCGUUGUCACACCCGAUGUGGCCGUAGACGUUGUGGACGAAUUUUGUAAGCAGCUGACAUCAGAUAAAUUCAAGGGCAUCGGAUGGGCAUCUAAUGUGGGUGCCGCAGUCCGUGUUCUGUCAAAUUUAUUUCAUGGAUUCAACAAGCAUCCUCAAGUACAGCACUGCUUGUUUGUGGCUCUAGUGAAGUUGUGUGGAAGAGCUCGUUUGAUUGGUGAUUUAGACACAAAUAUUAAACAAAUCAAUGAAUAUGUUAAAAAAUGGUCAUUGAACAUCCAACAACAUCGCAGUCUUCUUCGACUCAUUCACAACGCUCUUAUCACUGAUCAACGCGCUGAUAGUGCGGCUAAGAUAAUGACCGCAUUGCUGGGUACUUAUACAGAUAAAGAUGCAGCAUCAGCGAUCGACGAUGCACGUGAGUGUGUUCGUACGGCCAUCGUUGAUCCGAAAUCGUUCUGUUUUGAUCAUUUGCUGAGAUUGUCUGCUGUUCAACUGCUACAAAAGAGUGAUCCGACAAUGUUCGAUGUGCUGAAAGUGUUCUCGGAAGGUAGGCUGUGUGACUAUCGAGCGUUCACUUCAAAACACCCGAACUUCGUUAAAGAAAAACUGCAAGUUGAUGAAGAUGAAUUGAUCAAGAAAAUGCGUUUCCUCACGCUUAUGAGCAUGGCUGAAAAGAGCAAUGUGAUUGCCUUGAGCGAUGUCUCAAAACAAGUUGAUAUUCGCGAGGGUGAAGAUUUAGAAGAAUUUAUCAUCGAAGCUGUUCAGAUCAAUGCUAUCACAGGUAAAAUCAACGAAAUUAAGCAAGAACUGAACGUCACAUCGCUACAACAUCGAUCUUUCGGUCGUCCUCAGUGGGAACUUCUUCAA